CCCGCCCCGUCCCGACUGCCGGGCCCUCCCGCCGCCGCCUCUUCCACUCCUGCGCACUGGGCGCGCCCCGGGGCUGCCGGGGGCCGGGCCGGGCCGGGGGCGGCGGCGGACCGACGGGCGGCCAAUUGCGGCGCCCGGGGAGCGGCUCCGGCGUGGCCGCCGCCCGCGCUCGCGGGAAGGAUGGACGCGGAGGGCCGGGCGCCGGGGCCGACGCUGCCCCCCGCCGGCGGGGGAGGGCUCGAGCCCCUCGCGGGUGUCCCGGGUACGGCCCGGACGGCGCUGCUCACCCCCUCUGCCGAAGUGCUGGAGUUCGACGACGAGGAGGACGACCUGGAGGUGUUCAGCAAGGAUACAUCACUGGCUGAGGCGAACUCAUUCAGUCCUUCAAUGCCAAUAUCGCCCUCAUCUAUGAUAAACCAGUAUAAAUUUGAAGAUGAACCAGAAUUAAAAGAUCUCUUCAUUACUGUUGAUGACCCUGAAAGCCACAUUACAGCCAUUGAAACGUUUAUUACGUACAGAGUAGUCACAAAGACAUCUCGUGGUGAAUUUGACUCCUGUGAAUAUGAGGUUCGACGGCGAUAUCAGGAUUUUCUUUGGUUGAAGAGCAAACUUGAAGAAGCACAUCCAACAUUAAUUAUUCCACCAUUGCCAGAAAAGUUUGUGAUGAAAGGAAUGGUGGAACGAUUUAGUGAUGAAUUCAUUGAGACUCGAAGAAAAGCUCUACAUAAGUUUUUGAACCGUAUUGCUGAUCAUCCAACUUUAACUUUUAAUGAAGACUUCAAGAUUUUUCUUACUGCACAGGCCUGGGAACUCUCCUCGCACAAGAAGCAGGGACCAGGUUUGCUGAGCAGAAUGGGACAGACCGUGAGAGCAGUAGCAUCCUCAGUAAGAGGAGGAGUUAAAAAUCGUCCUGAGAUGUUUACAGAAAUGAAUGAUUAUAUGGAAACAUUUAGUCACAAAAUAAAUGUACUGGACAAAAUAGCUCAUAGAAUUUACAAGGAAGAAAAGGAGUAUUUUAAUGAGAUGAAGGAGUAUGGCCCCAUCCACACACUUUGGUCAGCAUCAGAAGAAGAUAUAGCAGACUCCCUAAAAGGCGUCGCCAGCUGCAUUGACAAAUGUUGUAAGGCUACAGAGAAACGAAUGGCUGGGCUCUCUGAAAAUCUGCUACCAAUCAUACAUGAGUACGUUCUCUACAGUGAAAUUCUGAUGGGUGUUUUGAAAAGGAGAGACCAAAUUCAAAGCGAGCUUGAUUCCAAAGUUGAUGCUUUAGCCAAUAAAAAGGCAGACAAGGAUCUGUUCUCAGAGGAGAUUGGGAAACUUGAAGAUAAAGUAGAAUGUGCCAAUAAUGCCCUGAAAGCAGACUGGGACAGGUGGAAGCAAAACAUGCAGCACGAUAUGAGAUCUGCAUUCACUAAUGUGGCUGACAAUAAUCUCCGUUAUUAUGAAGAGUUGAGAGGCUGCUGAACCCACAGGAGGGGAGGCGAAGCAGGGGAAAAUCACCAGAGCAGAAGAACAGAAGAACAAGAAAUCUGAAGCCCCAAAAGACCUUUGUAGAAGUGAGGAAGACUGUUGUGACACCCAUGGGUACACCGAGUUGCAAGUGCUUACGAAUGUAGACUGUGCUCAUGUGUGUCACCAAUAACUAUUAAAAUAAAUACUCACUAAUCUGUUGGAAAUAGCUUCUAAAAGGGCACAAGGUGGAUGACUGAGUAAGGAUAAUUUCUCUGUCUCAUUUCUUGCCCAUAAGGCUCUUUCUACUCCUAGCUCCCUUAAAAAGUGAAUUUUGUUUUCCAGCCUAGAGUGGAAAAGGAAAAAUAUAUUAUUUAGUUGGCAGCAAAUCUAGUACCACAGAAAACUUAUUGAUGCUGAGUCAAUAAAAACAAAGUCUCCACAUGCUCUGUUUGGUUCUUCACCCACCAGACUGUUUCAGGGAGGUGGUAUGUGGAGGAAAAUAGUUGGACACUGUUACCUAUAAACUGCUAGGUAGGCCCCAAGGUGUUAUGAAACAACCUGUAAAACAAAAGUCAUCUGCAGUAAAGAGUAUGGAGAACAUCAUUCUUUGCUUAUUUACUGCUUGGAAGUAUUUUAAAUCUUGCUUUUAUUUCCAAGUGAUCUCAGGCUGAAAAUGCACAAUGUGCCGUUAUAACAGCUGCAGCUAAUAUGAAGAGAAUUGAAUUGCAAGUACACUUUGGAGCACUGCACUGAAUCAUCUAUGAACACUGGAGUACUGCUCCUGCAUUAUCUUAAAGGUGUACACACUAUCAAAUAAAAUGAAAAUAUUGUUUUCUGGUAUUGAAUUACAGCAACAUGGGCAGCUUGGACAGAAACAUGAAAAGGGUAACCAGGGUAGUUCUGUAGUCACAAUACUUUAACAAAGUUUAGGGGGAUUGAUAUGUUACCUGCAAAAAAAUGUCAAACUGAUCUCAAAAGGAAUUUUAUUAUAUUAAUUAGACUAUAGAGGAUGCUCUGCUUUUGUGUGCUUUGGUCAUUUUAAAGGGUAAUUGCUACAAAGUUCUAUAAAUUAAAUGCUCAGUUGUUUAGAGAAAGAAGCAUAAGUGACCACAAAUGUACUUAAAGCAAUUUUUAAUAAAAGCUUGCUAUUUUCUGUGAA